AUGACGGUUGUACAUCUGUGUUUAUUCGCGGGCUUUUGGAGAGCUGUGCACGCAAUCCAUCCUGACUGUGCUAUAAUCUCUCAGCUUAUACAAGACCAAGAGACCUGCAUCCAGACUAGGAAAAGAGAGAUCAAGAACCACUCUCAACAAACAGGCUGUGGGACGGAUUGGGAUGGGAUUCGCUGCUGGCACACAGCCAACACUGGACAGCUCAUAAAUGUGUCCUGCUCUGAAGUCUUUCAGCACAUCUCCAACACUCAAGGUUUUAUUUACAGGAACUGCAUGUCUAAUGGCUGGACGGACCCCUAUCCGCCGUAUGAGGAAGCCUGUGCUUUUGAGGAUGAUUCAGAGUCUGGGACUGUGACAACCUACUUAUCGACUUUAAAACAGCUUUACACUGCAGGAUAUGCAACAUCGCUAAUAUCACUCAUAACUGCAGUCAUCAUAUUCACAUGCUUCAGGAAGUUCCACUGCACCAGAAAUUACAUCCACAUCAAUCUGUUUGUGUCCUUCAUCCUGCGGGCCAGUGCGGUUUUCAUUAAAGACACUGUUCUAUUCUCAGACGAAACGCAAGAUCACUGCUUAAUGUCCACGGUGUUGUGCAAAAGCGCUGUGAGUUUCUUCCAGUUCUGCAUCCUCACCAAUUACUUCUGGCUGCUGGUGGAAGGGCUUUACCUGCAGACGCUGCUCGCGCUCACCUUCGUCUCGCAGAGGAAAUACUUCUGGUGGUACAUUCUCAUUGGAUGGGGUGUCCCAUCGGUUGUGCUUGUCGUGUGGGUUUUGACCAGACAAUUCUUUGAUAACAGAGGAUGUUGGGAUGACACAGAUAAUAUGAACAUCUGGUGGAUCAUUAAAGGACCAAUCACUGCUUCACUGUUUGCUAAUAUCAUCAUCUUCCUGAAUGUGAUUCGCAUAUUGGUUCAGAAAUUGAAAAGUCCUGGAGUUGGGGGCAAUGACACUGGUCACUUCAUGAGACUGGCCAAGUCCACACUGUUUCUGAUUCCUUUGUUCGGGAUGCACUACACUCUGUUCGCCUUCCUGCCAGAAAACACUGGAGAAAUAAUCCGCUUUUACAUCGAACUCGGCCUGGGCUCCUUCCAGGGCUUUGUGGUGGCACUUCUGUACUGUUUCCUUAAUGGAGAAGUCCAGGCCGAGCUGAAGCGCAGAUUAUGGACGUGGCAAACACAAACCCACCUGAGCCCGUGUAAAAAGCGUCGUGUCACUGUAACUCAGAUCAUGAUGCAUGAGAGCGCGCAUCCGCACAGUGACGUCUGUAAUGGACACAUCACGGCGGUAUGA